AUGAAUAAAGGCAAGGGAAUUGGCACUUCUAAGCAAUUUAGGUGGACAAAGCCAAUGGAGGGUGUAUUUCUACAGAUAUUAGCUGAAGAGGCUAACAAUCCCAACAAUCCAACUAACAAUUUUAGAUCUUCCUCAUUCAACCGUGUUGCUUCUACUAUUUCUGAACAAUUCAAUGUUGCAUGUGAAUCCAAACAUGUAGAGAAUCAUUUGAAAAUAGUGAAGAACACGUGGAUGAUGAUUUGCAAACUGAAAAAUUUGAGUGGAGUUGGUUGGGAGGAUUCGUUGAAAAUGAUUACAUGCGAUUCAGCAACUUAUAUGGAGCUUAUCUCGGCAACUCCCAAGUAUGAAACUAUAUUGAACAGAAAAAUUGAGUAUUAUGAUGAAAUGUCUAUUGUUGUUGGGAGAGAUUGUGCCGUAGGAAGGUUUGCAAAAUCUUUUGCAGAUAUUGAGCUAGAAAGUACCAAUGAAGUGGAUGACAUAACUCCUGAAAACUUGCAUGACCAAAAUGAUGAAGAAACUAGGGGGAAAACAUCUGUAUCAACUGCUACUUCGUCUCAAAAAUCAGGGCGUAAGAGAAAGUCACUUGACUUGAAAGUUGAUGAAAUGGCAAAGCAACUUGGUAACAUUGCAUCAGCCAUUAAAUCAUUGAGCACCAGUGGCAUUGAUGAAAGUGAAUUGUAUCAACAAGUGAUGACAAUAGGCGCCGACUUUCACGAGGAUGACUUGUGCAAAGCAUUUGAAUUUCUAAUGACAAACGAAGUUCAAGCUAGAAUUUUCAAGGUGAAGAGUUCAAGCUUGAAGAGAAAGUGGAUUGAGAGCUUUAUUUCAUCUUUGAGUUAGAUAUUGGUUAUGUUGGA